AUGUAUCCUUUUUUAGCACGUGUCCCUCAUUCAGACCUGCACGUGUUGGGCCUGAGCCUGUGUCCGGUUGGCUGUAUCACUUCCAUCGCAGUCCUUGCUCCCGGGUCGUCUCGCCGUCUCGCCGUCUCGCCUUCCGGCUUUUUCGGCCAUCUGGCCGGGUUGAGUUGGGAGCAAAAAGCCCGGCUCACUCGACGAUUGGUGCAAGUCGACUGUUUGCCCAUGCGAUUGGCCCUUAUCCCUCGCAGACCGAUGGAGCCAAUGAGAAGAAGGCAGAAUGCGACAUCUUCACCUGUUAUAAGCUUCGUGUACGCCGACAAUCGGGAGUACAAGAAGUCGAGGAGCAAGAGUAUGACCUCUCUGGGCUCGCAUGAUUAUGUCAUCUGCAACUUGGAUAGUCAGAUUCUGCACUCUUGCGCCGAGUUGGUGGACAGUAGAAGCGGGUUCUCCGACGCCUCGGAGGCGUUGGUUCGUCUCGCUAGUCCCGGCCGUUUCGACGCCCCCGAACCGGCCUACUUCCACGCGAUUUCAGCCCCUCUUGUCUCGGAGCUCGGAGCCUCUUCUGCCUCGUGGCGUCCGAGAGGGCCGCGAUGCGACGAGACCACGACUUCCGAGACCGGUUCGACUGGUCAUCUGAUGCCAGGCUCACUCUCUUUGGCGUCGUUGGUCGCCACGUCCACUGGCACCGUGGCGACCGUCGACGCCAACGGUCCAGAGGAGCUGAAGUCGAAUCCCGGCUGCUCGACGAGUCCACUUUUCGGUAUUUCUCCUUCGGCCAAUCACCUCGACCCGGUCUACCCCCUCACAGGCUACUCCAUACCAGCCCCAUCUGACAACGCCUAUCUCAGCCCUUGUCAACAGCCCUUCUAUACACCACCAGACGACCACAGGCUCGAGGGCCGCCCAGACACGAGACCUGCCUUCGUCGACUUCGGCCACGACCUCGCCCAGGAACAUGCAUGCGCCUGUUGGGCCUAUACAACACCUCAUCUACCCUCCUUCGAGGCUUCUGAGGCCUGGACCCAAUGGCCGGGCUCGUUAACCUGUCGGCAUGACGACGGAUCAGGCAAACUGGAGUCGCCAACUGAAGCUACGCCACAAUUGGCCUAUUCAGCCACAGAUGAGGAGUUGAGCCGAACCUUCGUCUGGACGACUGUCUAUGCUGGGCAGAACAGUAUCCAACUAGAGGAAGAAGAAGAUGAUGAUGAUGAUGACGACGAAGAUGAUGAAGACGAAGAAGAAGGAGAAUCUGAGGAGGACGGAGAGGAGGAGGAGGAGGAGGAGGAUGAAGAAGAGGAAGAAGAAGAGGACGAGGAUGUGUCGGACAGGGACGAGGGUGCCACUUCCGACGGGACGUUCGGUCUUGAUGUGGAUGCAAACGAUUUGAGGUUGAGUUGUCGAGGCUACAGUCCACGUGGCGGCGUCGCGUAUGCCCAAUUCUGUCCCACGUACUGCCAGUGCCCUGAAGGCUACUUGGUCGGUCCAAGCGAUGAGUCGGUUGUGGAGGCAGAUGCGAGUCGAGGCUAUCGACCGACGAUGGGACGGGUCGACGGACGAUCGGGAAAAGCGGGUGUUGGGCAAGAGGAGGCUGAAGGAGAGGCGAGAAUGGUGGCUUUGUUGGGCCAGAGAAGCGCGACGUCGCGAGGGGAUGCUGACGAGUUGGUGGGAGGCAGACGUCAGAGGUCUGUUGCCGGCAACCUGCGACAGAGUCGGAGUAGGACGGAGGCAGUGGAGGUCGAAAAACUCAUCGAGCCCACGAAUAGACGGCGUCAAAACAUGGUACAGCAGAGCCGGGAGACAAAAAGGCAGGCCGAUAGAGAGGAGACCCAGAGUCGGAGGAGGCGAGCUGGCCCCAGCAGAGGCCAGAGGGUUGUCGGGGCGACAGAGGAGUCUGCAAAUUUCGCCCUCAUGGCCAAGCCGGCAGCAACAGAUUGUGGGGCUCAGAAGCCGGCAACUUCGGAGCUCGGUGGAGAGGCCGGCCGGCCGGGCCGCCCGGCAACAGACAGUCAGUGUCCGUUGCCGAGCAGCCUGACUGAAGGUAGGCCACUUCUCUUCAAGUGGAUGCAGAUCAAGCGUCACCAACCAAGGCAACUGCAGAUGCAUCAAAGUAAGUUACUGCGUCUGGGCUGCAUGAGACGUCUAAUAUUCGCAUUCUGCCUUGAGAAAGGGAUUCUGGAGUUUUUCUUUUCACAAAAUGACGAGAGGGCCUCACAAUGA